CAGUGACUGAAAGCAACCAAAAACUUGCCCGGUCAGAAGUCCAAAUCCUGAAAGUAAAAGGGGAAACCAAUGGAAGUGGAGAGAGUUCAGGCAUUGGCGACCGUCGGCCUCGAUGCGCUUCCGGCCCAGUUCGUUCGGCCCUCCCACGAGCGGCCGGAGAACAGCCGGGCCAUCGAGGGCAUGACCGUGCCGGUGAUCUCGUUGUCCCAGCCCCACCACGCUCUCGUCCGCACAAUCCACGAGGCGUGCCGCGAGUGGGGGUUCUUCCUUGUGACCGACCACGGGAUACCGCCGCAGCUGAUCAGGCGGCUGCAGGAGGUGGGCGGCGAGUUCUUCAGGCUCCCGCAAGAGGAGAAGGAGAAGUACGCGAACGAUCCGUCGAGAGGGAGUUUCGAAGGGUACGGGACGAAGAUGACCAAGAACCGCGAAGAGAAGGUUGAGUGGGUGGAUUACUUUUUCCACCUCAUGCAUCCACCUUGUAAGGUCAAGCAUGAGGUUUGGCCUCAGCACCCGCCUUCUUACAGGGAAGUAACUGAAGAAUACAACAAGGAGAUACUAAAAGUAACGGAAGUGCUGCUGGAGCUCAUCUCCGAGGGACUAGGAUUGGAGAAGAAUGCCUUGAAGGCUACUUUGGGAGGUGACCAAAUGGAGCUGGAGAUGAAAAUAAACUUGUACCCGCCAUGCCCACAACCUCAACUGGCCCUCGGAGUCGAGCCUCACACCGACAUGUCAGCGGUCACCAUACUGGUCCCGAACGAAGUUCCGGGUCUUCAGGUUUGGAAAGACGGCAGCUGGUUCGCCGUAGAUUAUCUGGCCGAUGCGCUUUUCUUCCACGUCGGCGAUCAAAUUGAGGUUCUAAGCAAUGGGAAGUACAAAAGUGUUCUUCAUAGGAGCUUGGUGAACAAGGAGAAGACGCGAAUGUCAUGGGCAGUGUUUUGCACACCCCCGCAUGAGGCACUGAUCGGACCACUCCCGGGGCUCAUCGACGACCACAACCCGGCAAAGUACUCGACCAAAACGUAUGCCGAGUUUCGGCACCGCAAAUUCAACAAGCUCCCGCAGUAGUUUUUCUACUCCAGGAUCCACGAACUUGAUGUCACGAAUUCAUUUCCUCCAUUGAUUCAACUGCGAUGCCAAAGCCUUCCUUGAAGGCCAAUAAGUUCAGCAGCUGUGGCAAUAGUGAAACUUGGAGACCUACGACCAAACUAGAUUUAUCCUAUUUUCAAGAGUCAAGUUUCUAGUUUCCAAGUGUUUGAAUGCAUUUUCCAGUUCCUAGGAUUUGAUUGUGUGUU